AGCAGUGCCGAACGGGAAGGCCGAACAUCCACCCCAUAGCACAGGGUGUCCUCUCCUGGCCCGCUGCCAGCCUUGCUCCGGGGUAAAGAUGAUCCCUUGGUCGAGACGCGCCAGUCUAAACUACCUGUGUUAACGUCGUCAUGACUCUACUCCUUCUACGCCCGGACGAGCAGCCUCUAAUGCGCUUUGUCCCCUGUUCCUGCGACCAUGUGGACUCUCGCUAAUGCCCUGUGACCAUGGUCUGGGCACUGAACGGCGGGCGUGCUGAGCUGCCCUGCGCACCUGACACCAAGGUAGCCAAGGAUAGCCCGCAGAUAGUCCUAUGGUAUCGGGCUAGUAACACAACACCAGUCUAUAGCUACGACGCCCGCUCGGGAGAAUUCGAGAACGGGGAGCGAUGGACCGACGGAGAUUCCCUCGGGAAACGAGCGUACUUCUCCGUACUCACCGAGCCGCCCGUGCUGGUGCUCGACCCCGCUCACGCCAGGGACGAGGGCGUCUACAAGUGCAGGGUGGACUAUCGGUACUCGUCAUCCACGUACAGAAUAGUCAACCUCACUAUUGUCGGUGAGUCUGGAAUGGAGGUUAUGUAUUUCGGAUCUUGUAACCUGUAUCCUGUAUCGUGUAUCUUCUAGCUUGUAUGGUGCGACCAGCAUCUCGUAAACUGUAUCCUGUAAUCCUGUAAUCUAGAUUUUCUGAAUCUUGUAUCCAGUAGGAAUUCAUUUGAUUUAUGUGUUUUAAUAGAAUGCGAAGGUGAGUGUUGCGGUUAAUAGCAGAGGAAUAUCCAGAAGUAUGUGGGUCGUAUGUUUAUGAGAAUUUCCGUGUGUUUUAUCUAGAGAAAGGGUGAGGGGCGAUA